AUGGCGCUGGUGACAGUUGGCCUCCAGUAUCAACGCCAAAUCCGCCGGCUGUCUCGUCGCCGAUUGGCACUCCCCGUCAUGAUGGAAAAGAUGAUUGGCAAGGUCAAUGGAAACCGCUUAUCUCUGGUAGUUUGGCUGCUCCAAAGGUUCUCUGAAAGUGAAGGUCCUCGAGCCCUGACGCGUUACUCGGGUUCAUUUCAAUUCGACACGAAAAGCAUCUGGACUACAUGUAAGGUCCGCGCUUGCCGUGGUGAAGAGCAGCAUGUGCUGGCAGCGUUAUCGACAACUCGGCAAAAGCCAAUGUUCCUUACCUUAGUUGAUGCCCAGAUCAGCAAGGGAACAAGCCGAGAAGGCUAUCGGGCCCUGGAGCAGGCCGAAGCUUCCCCCGAUCUCGGCAGGUGGGGUCGAAAGCAGGCCAUUCCGGACGAAUAA